AUGUCAUUUGACCUCGAAUCCGGCCGCGGAGGCUAUACCGAUGACCCAGCCUUCCAAGAGCUACAGUACGAGCUGAAGAGCAAAGUCCAGGCCCUUCUCAGCAGCAAUCGAAAGCUCGCCAACGAUGUCAACGUGCUGGGAACUAGGAAGGAUACACCGCGACUGCGGGAGCGAGUUCACAAAAGUAUGGAGAAGACGAAGGAUAUGUGUAAUGAGAUCGGCGACGGUGUCAAGCGGCUUCAAACAUGGGAGGACUUGACCAAACAACAAAAGUAUGAACAAACAAAGGUGUCGAGCGAAUUCCGAGCUGCUCUCGACGACUUUUUAAACCUCCAGCGACGUGCCCUGGAAAAAGAGCGCGCAUCAAUUACCGCUGCCCGUGCGGCACAGGAUGGCGAAUCCGCCGAGGGCGCUCCAUCCGAAACCCAGUUGGAGCAACUGCAGCAACAGGAACAGCGUAUUGUACUCGCACCUCAAGAUGAAGUCGACUUCCAGGAAGCUCUUAUCAUCGAGCGUGAGGAGGAGAUCCGCAACAUUGAGCAGGGCGUUGGCGACCUGAACGUUCUCUUCCGACAAGUAGCGCAAAUUGUGAACGAACAGGGAGAGCAGCUUCACACGCUCGCGGACACUGUGGAAGGUGUCCGAGAAGAUACGCAGCAGGCUGACAUUGAGAACCGACAGGCCGCGCGGUACCAAAAGGCAGCCCGCAACAAGAGUUGUUGCCUGUUGCUGAUCCUUGCUGUCAUUCUGACCAUUGUUAUCCUUGCCAUUGUCCUUGACUAG